AUGACCCACCAAACCCACUCAUACCACAUAGUAAACCCAAGCCCCUGACCCCUCACAGGAGCCCUCUCCGCACUCCUCAUAACAUCGGGUCUAAUUAUAUGAUUCCACUUUAACUCGACUGUCCUGUUGAUUUUGAGCUUCUUAACAAACGCCCUAACAAUAUGUCAGUGGUGACGAGAUGUCGUCCGAGAGAGUACCUUUCAAGGUCAUCACACACCAACCGUCCAAAAGGGACUUCGUUACGGAAUGGUCCUGUUCAUUCUAUCAGAAGUCCUAUUUUUUACGGGCUUUUUCUGAGCCUUCUACCACUCAAGCCUCGCACCAACCCCCGAAUUAGGGGGAUGUUGACCACCAACAGGCAUCCACCCACUAAACCCCUUUGAAGUCCCACUUCUCAACACCUCCGUACUACUGGCCUCUGGCGUAUCUAUUACCUGAGCCCACCACAGUCUCAUGCAAGGGGACCGCAAACACAUGCUUCAAGCCCUCCUUGUCACAAUCUUGCUUGGCCUUUACUUCACCCUAUUACAAGCAUCAGAGUACUAUGAGGCCCCGUUUACAAUCUCGGAUGGAAUUUACGGAUCCACCUUCUUCGUGGCCACAGGCUUCCACGGACUACACGUCAUCAUUGGAUCUACCUUCCUUAUCGUCUGUCUCCUGCGCCAAAUAAAAUUCCACUUUACAUCAAACCAUCACUUCGGCUUCGAAGCAGCAGCCUGGUAUUGACACUUUGUAGACGUCGUAUGACUAUUCCUUUACGUAUCAAUCUAUUGAUGAGGUUCAUAG